ACAAAACACACAUCAAUGAUAAUUGUCACGGUUUCAGACAUUUCUCUAUAACAGCAUAUUGUAUGCAAUGAAUGAAUCAUUGAUUGCAAACAACUGUUGAAUAAGAGUAUUUUGUUUCAAAGUUUUAUUUAACAAAAUUUCCAUUAGAGAUAAAAACGGGACACAAAUGGCCGCCAUUUCGGACAAACAGCUGUCGGACAGCGAAAAGAUUGAAAUAAUAACCCGGUUUAUACUUCACGCGCCGCCCGGAGAGUUCAGAGAUGUGGUCAACGAUGUGCGCCAACUCUUGAACGAUGACCAGCUAUUGAAAGAAAAGGCAUCAAGCGUUUUCUCGCAACACAUUAAAGACCAAUUGACUCCCGUUUCCGUUCAAACCGUUCAAAAUAAGACUUUGCUCACAGAACACAAUGAGUUGGAAAGCGAUCGUUAUUUCGAUCCCAGAAGUCAAUUGUCAUUCAAAUACGACAACUUGAAGGAAACGGUGAGUGAAUACCAUCCGUGGACUCCCGACCCCAUCAGCGAGGGCUGGAGGUCGGCGUUGGACGACGUGUGGAGCAAAUACUGCGCCGAUCGCUAUCCCAAUGGUGUGAGCGCUGUGUUUGGGUUCAGCAGAAACGGAAACAUCUCUUUAACCGCUUGUAUUGAAUGUCACACUUUUCAACAGAAGAACUUU